UGUUCUGGCUUUGGAUUCUUUAGCCCUGGACAUUGAUCAAGUAGAAAAUCUCAUUAAAUUUUGUCCUACAAAAGAAGAAACGACAAUGCUGAAGAACUACAAUGGGACCAACAAUAUGCUUGGAAAAUAUGAACAGGACUUGAUGAAUGUCUCGCGAGUGGAGUCCAAAUUAUGAGUAUUUGCGUUCAGAAUUACUUUUCCAGUUAGGUGAAUGACUUAAGAUGUAACUUGAACACAAUUAAUGCUGCUGCUAGAGAGGUA